GUUUAGACCGAUUUCAAAAUGCGCCAGUGCUGUUUGAAACACCAAGUCCUGUUAUGGCUUAUCUUCCUGAUUUUUUUCGCUGCAUACAGCAGUGCGGAUAUUUUAGUGUUUUCUUCAAUUGGAAGACAGAUUGAAGAGGAGUUUCGCGAUAUGCCUGCCAAGUUUGGGGGUAUAAUAUCUCCGGAAGGCAUCAAGGGCUUGGUGGUUUAUGCCGAUCCUCCUACUGCGUGCCAUAAGAUACAGCCUCCGCCAAACAAUAAUACCACUGGUAAUUGGAUAGCGUUAAUACGACGUUAUAAUUGUAGCUUUGAAAUUAAAAUUCGAAUGGCACAGGAAGCUGGAUAUGAUGCUGCUAUUAUUCACAAUGUAAACAGCAAUGAACUAGAACCGAUGUCAGCAAAGGAUCCCGUAGGAAUUUUGAUACCAUCCGUGUUUGUUGGUGAAAUUACGGGAUUUGUUAUCAAAGACAAUUAUUUAUACAAUCACGGUUAUUUUGUAGUAAUUAAUGAUGAUCUGCCAUUCAAUAUUAAUACCCAUUUGCUCUUGCCUUUCGCUAUUGUUGUUGGAAUAUGUUUCCUAAUUAUAGUUAUUUUUAUGAUCGUCAGAUGCAUAAAGGACAGAAGGCGACAACGGAGGCACAGGCUGCCUAAUUCUAGUUUAAAAAAGAUUCCUAUACACAAGUAUACAAAGGGUGAUCCGUACGAGACGUGUGCUAUUUGUUUGGAUGAUUAUGUAGAAGGAGAGAAAUUACGAGUUUUACCAUGUGCACAUGCUUAUCAUUCAAAAUGCAUUGACCCUUGGUUAACAAAAAAUCGAAGGGUCUGUCCUGUUUGCAAAAGGAAGGUUUUUGCAGCUGACGAGCAAGUUGUGACCGAUGAGAGUGACUCAGACGAUGAUACAGCACCUCUUAUUCGCGACGGCCAUCAAGGUACACAAGGAGGCACAUUCACACGGCAAAGGGAAAAUCCUUUUAACAGAGCUAGGAGAUCACAAGCUAGACACGACAGUAGUAAUUCUAGUGAUAAUAGCUCCGAUUCUGAGCAGUCUUACGUUACUACCGAGGAUGGCGUUAGUACUAGUGCCGGUGAACCAUCCAGUGUUACCGUUUUUAUGGUAUCUGAUACUCAUAGUAUAAACGGCGAAUCACAGGAAUUGGAACAUUCGACUAGUAGUACCAAUCCUCAUACGGUGAGUUUAUACGCGGACGCUCAAUCAUUUUCAACACCUAUUCAAAUCGCACCGACACGACGCGGGAUCGUGGUAAAUUCCGUGAUCUCGAAUUCUGACUAUUAUGUAGAGACUUCAGAUAAUGCGUCGGUGACGGCCAGUAAUUCCAACAGAAACGAUGUUAUUACGUAAUGGCCUGACACAGCUGUGACUAUCAUUAUACAUUAUGAGUUGUUCGUAUCUUGCUAAAAUUUUCUUUUUUCCGUGAAAGAUACGUUAAUAUUAUGGUGUGCACGGCAUAAAGCUAUAUACG